UGUUGGGUUAUAAAUUACAGGUACCUCCACACAGCAAAUUCUAGAGAAGGAUGCUAGAUUGGCCAUGCUUCUCGGAAUGAAAAACAUAAUUGAUCCAGAGAUGGAAGAUGACAGGGAUAAACCCUCAUUGCCCCCUUCCACCCAAGCCGACCCACACAAGUACAGGGAAAACCCUGGGAAGAUCCCAGAUGCUAACAUCUAUGAUGUACUUGAUCAAGAAGACGGUGCCAUGAUGAAAGAGUCGGCCCCACCCUUGACCACUGAGAUGAAGAACUCCCGUCCACUGGUCAGUAAGUCUACUGGUCAGUCACAAACGGUCCUCCGUGUAUGCCACCCGCCACAGUUAACACAUCAGCCUGCCAGUGCCAAUGCAUCACGUACCUCCAAUCUAAUGGUCGAGGAUCAGAUCACCACGUUCUUGGAGAUGGAGAGCCAUUGUGAGCAAAUAAGCUCCCUUCAGAUGGAAGUCCAGAGGCUGAGGGAGGAUCUGCGACAAGAAAAGGCAGACAAAGCAGCUCUCAAGGACGAAGUAAUUCGGCUAAAACUCUACAUCGUCGAUCACUGUCUUAAAGAAAAACGAGGACAAUCCCAUCGCACCAAUGACACACCCUUCCUGGAGGUAGGCAGCUUUGAGACAGAAGAGGACACAUCCAAGGACUUGCCAGCUUUGCCUCAGCCCCCACCUUCUUUCCCGACUCGAGCCACCCCUCAAACUUCCAAGACAAAGGCCAGUCCUACGAGCAAUCAAGAAGCUGUUCCUCAGACCCCACCUUAUGCACCGACUCUAGCCACCCCUCAAACUUCCAAGACAAUUAAGGCCAGUCCUUCGAGCAGUCAGGAAGCUGUUCCUGAGACCCCACCUUCUGCUCCGACUCCAGCCACCCCUCAAACCUCCAAGACAAAGGCCAGUCCGAGCAAUCAGGAAGACCAGGAAACGAAACUGUUGGUGAAUGAUCCAUCGGAUCCAAAUCGAUAUGCGCACAUAAGAGUAUCCAGGGUGGGCUACAGGACGAUGGUCCACAAAGCCUCAAGGGCCAAAGAUGGUGCGAAGAAACUGAUGAACAAUGCACUGGACCUCGUGUUUUCAAGAGAACAGCUUGCUGCAUCCAGUGGGAUGGGACUGAGGAAGGAGAAAGAUGCUGGAGCCACAGUACCGCACCCACUGGAUGCAGUGAAAAUAGCUGCAAUUCUUGACUUCACAAAAUCCUUCAGUAAGAGCCAAGGCUGGGCGCUUCCUAUGGACAAGGAGCUCCGGAGGAUUGUCACCAACAAAGUGACUAAUGCUCGAAGGAAGUGAAACGGAAACUAUCUAUGUAUCUUCUCCCAUUUAUCUUUCCAUUUCUCUCUAUCUCUUUCCAUUCUGGUGCACUCCUGCAGUUUUAGUCAGCUCCAGCUUUUAAUGUUCCCUUCCCAGUUGCUUUUAUGCUUCCAUAAUGGAUAGCCAGAAAGACAUUUAAAGCUAGCAAAGACAUUUAAAGCUAGCAAAGUAGUUUUGUAGUUUUGACAUAGCUCCACUGUUGGUACUUCAUUUUAAUUGUAAGCAUGUAAUUGGUUCUUGGGAAGUCAUUACCUUUGUCUAUUGCAGAAUAUAGUACACCUGUUUUCAGAUGAUUGAAAGCUCAUGUCAUAUCCAAAAUGUGCUUUAGAGAUUUCUUUUCAACUGGAGGUUGGUAAGUUUGAGAUUAUUUUCAACAAAUUUUAGAAAUCUGUUACUAUAUGGAUUUUUUGUAAUUCCUUUUUGUACGUACACGAGUAUGAUGUAUGUUUGUACUGAGCUUGCAUGCGAAGACAUGUUUUGCCCUCGCAUGUGUGAUUGAUGCACGAUCCGAUCUUUGAACAGGGCAUCUUGCCUGUUCGGAUAAAGAGGAGCUAGACUGAUAAUCUAGCCGCAGCUCGAUUCUAGUCUCUCCGCGCCAGUUGUUUUUUUGCGGAUCGGCAGGCCUUGUUCAAAGGCUACAUGCGUACAUUUGUUGACAUUGUUGCUGCGCUGCGCUCGCUGCUGGUGUACGUGUUACUAUGACCAGCGCCAGCCCACUCACUCCCCGCACAUUGUGGGAGCGCCCUCGCCCUGGUACGAGGUACCGCGGGGCUGGCUGCUGGUGUUAUAAACAUGCUUGCUUUGGCGACAACAUUUCUUCAAAGAAAGAGCUUAAAUUUCUGGAUUUUAUCCGGAUCUCACUCUUCGUUUUUAUCAACAUUUGUGAAAGUUUGAAACCUGGCAUCGAAAUCAAAAUCAAGGAAACAAAUUUUUCCGACCGGAAUAUAUAAUCUUGAAGUUGAAAAUCAAACUCACAAUGGCCUAUGCAU